GGGGUGUUCUAUCUCUGUCCCCCUCUCUUCUUCGCGUUUUCUCCAGAAACCACAAAAAGGUAGAAGAAGGAGAGAGAGAAAAAAAGAAAAGAAAAGGAAAUUACUUUGAUAUUUUUCUCAUUAUUUUUCACCUAUUCAUUUCCUUCCAAUUAUUCAAUUUACUUGUGUCAUUACUUAUUAGUCAUUAGUAGCGGUAACUUUUAAGAGGGGGCGGGUUUAGUUUGACCAAGAACUGGGGGGGUGGCUACUUAUUUGCCCCACAUUCAAUUUAUUGUAUUUUCUGGGAGGGAAGACUGAAGAGUAAGAGAGAGAAAGAGAUCUGAGAGAUUGAAGUAAGUUUGCAUAUAAUCUUCAAUUUGAGGAAGAAAAAAAAGAAGAGAUCUAUAUUAUCUGUGAUAAGUGUGUGUUUUCCUUUGUCAGAAAGCCACGGAUUCUCUUGGAAAAAGUUGAAGCAUAAGCUUAGCUUCUUCUCCUUGUUAUUCUUUUAACUUUCUCUCUCCUCAAACACAUUCCUUUCUUUAGUGGGUGAACCAAUCACCAAUGGAAAGAAGAACUAAGGUUGGUCAGACACUUGUUAGUUUGAAAUGGCUUUAAACUCAGAUGAGAAUGGACUGUUAAUAAGAGAGGUUUCAACUUUCAAUUUCAUUCAUCUCAUUCUGAGCUAGAGUUUUUGAUUUCUUCUUCAGUCACGUGUGGCAGUUAAAAUAUCAAGAGAAAGCUCUUCUUUUCUCAUUUAAUUUUUUUUGUACUAUACAAAAACAUACAAACAAAAUAAAAAAGAGGCUACUUAUUAGGGAGAGUUGGGAUAUUAUUGUCCAAGAUGAUGCGUAUGAGGACUAAAUUGACAGGGCUUUCACCUAUGAAUGGUAACACAGCCAAUGGCGACCGACACAGAGGUGUUGGCAAUGGUGUCGGCGGUGUCGGUGGAGGAGAAGGAGAAGGACGGCCAGAGAAUUGGGAGAUGCGACCAUGUGGGAUGCUGGUACAGAAGAGAGUAGAUGAGGAACAAAACACCAAGCCCUUACCAACUAUUCGGGUUAGGGUCAAAUAUGCCUCAAUUUACCAUGAAAUCCACAUUAAUUCCCAGGCUACAUUUGGGGAAUUGAAGAAAUUGUUAGCAGGACCAACAGGGUUGCAUCAUCAAGAUAUGAAAGUGUAUUACAAGGAUAAAGAGAGAGAUUCCAAGGAGUUUUUAGAUAUGGUUGGGGUGAAAGAUAAAUCGAAAUUGGUAUUGGAAGAGGAUCCAUUAAGCCAAGAGAAAAGGUACCUGGAAAUGCGGAAGAAUGCCAAGAUGGAGAAAGCUGCCAAGUCUAUCUCAGCGAUCAGUUUAGAAGUUGACAGACUUGCUGGUCAGGUGUCAGCACUUGAAUCAGUGAUUUCGAAAGGAGGAAGAGUAGCAGAGAAGACAGUUAUUACCCUUAUUGAAUCAUUAAUGGGUGAGCUGAUCAAAUUAGAUGGUAUUGUAGCCGAUGGAGAUGUGAAAUUGCAAAGAAAGAUGCAGGUGACACGAGUUCAGAAAUAUGUAGAGACGUUGGAUAUGCUAAAGAUCAAAAACUCGAGUCCAGCAGCCAAUGGAGUUCAUAUGCCAAACGAAAAUCAGCAGAAACAUUCAAAUGGGUAUACUAAGAAGUCAGUAAACGGUAAUGGUCAUAAUCAAGAGAGGCUGUCAAAUCUGGGAAAACCACCCCUUCCCCAACAGCGACAAAGGCAUUCUAUAGGCCACUCGCCACUACAGCCACAGGCGCAGAAACACGAGCAGCCAUCAAGGCAUUCGACAGCAGGGACUGUAGUUACUACACAAUGGGAGACUUUUGAGGCGGCGCCUCCACUUGUUCCUGUCUCCCCUACAUCAUCAUCUGGAUCAGCCACUCCAAAGCUCAUCAACCCCAAGUUUCCAUGGGACUUUGAGUAAGGAGGAACUUAUACAUAUCCCCCAAUAUGUUUUAUGUGUGUGGAUGUGUAAUUUUUUUUCUUCAUAUUCCAUAUCUGUGUCCAGUUGGAGUUGGUUUCUGUUUGUUCAUUCUUUUCUGUAUCUAGAUUUUGUUAGCACCCCCUUAUUACCUCACCAUUUGGGAAAUAAAUGGGGGAUGUAUCCAUGAAUAUCCAUUAAUACUACGAUAAUGGUCCGUGUCUAUUUUA